AUAAACUCAAUAUAUUCUCCAAAAGCAGGAGAACUACCAGAUCGAAUAAAAUUCACUAAUUAAAAUAACGCAAUAAUUGUCUGCACCCAAUUAUAUCUGGCAACUCUGCCGUUAUACCUGCAACAUAAACAGCAGCCAUUUUGUAGCUUGUAGGUUUUGUAAUAACAAAGAAGAAUUUCGUGGAAUGAAAAGUGUUAUAUAUUAAUUAAAAAAUAAGUGGAUUAUGUUUACAAACUUGUACAAGCAAUAAGUUUAAAAUUAAUAAUAAAAAUUUCAAAUAUAAAUAUUUUUUGUGCACCACCAAAUGUGUAAAAUAUUGUAUAUGGAUGUACAUACAUAUACAUAUGAGUGCAUGUAGAUAUGUUGUAUAUAUUGGAAAAAUAAAUGGAUUAAUAAUUUGGAUAUAAAGAAACAUCGUUCUAUUUGUUUGGAAAAUUUGGAGCUAAAAAUAUUCGACAAUAUUUUUCAGAAUAUAAUAAAUGGAUUGGUGAGAAAAAAGAACUUUUAGUGUGGAACAUAUUUUGUCAAUUAAUUGUACAAUGGAAAUGCAUCAAUGGAUAUAAUUCUAAGGAAAUUAUUAGUUUUAGCUGUUUUAAGAGAAGAUGUAAAUAAACUAUGAUGAAAAUUUUAAAAAAUAUUAAUUUGGAAACAUCAUUUCAUUUAAGGGGAUUUUUCAUAUCCGUAUAUCCAUAAAAAAUUAAACAGCCAUGAGCUCAAAUACUGUGAAUGUAGUAUAUAGCUUUAAAAAUAAUGCAGUUAUUAAGUGUGAAUAUAACAUAAAUACCUUAUUUGGGAAGGCAAACAGAGCAACAACUCCUAAUUUCCCUAUUUAUGAAUGUUUCCUAAAAAAUGAAAACAAUAACAAAAGUAGAUUUUUUGUUCAGCAUCAACAUGAUGAAGAGCUGCAGGAGGAUUUGGAGGACGAAGCUGAUACAAUUGGGCCAAUUAAUACUAAAAGAUUAGGUAUAAGUUGGCGGAAGCAAACAAACAUGCAAAUACGAAAACGUCACUUAAUGGCAAGAGAUUGCACAACAAAUAAGAGCAGCAAUUCAUCCUCCUGCCUAAUAAGCGACCAACGACCACUUACAUCAAGGAUUUCGAUAACACAACGCAAUGAAGAAAAACAACUAUUCUUGCAAUAUAGAUUACUCAAUUCAAAUAUUCGGUCAAUUAUAUCUGAAAAGGAAUCCUUAUCACAUUCUAAUAAUAAGUCGUACAACUCAAAUUAUCUUUUAGAACUUGAGGAUACAGAAAACACAAAAAAAUGUUUAGAGUUUAAAGCUGAUGAUAAUAAGGGAAAUAAGCUUUUAUUUACCAACAUGCAAAAGCGAUGGCGUCAUCACAAACAUCGCACAAGGAACUAUAGCGCAAUCCUUAAUUUUAUCAUGCUAAUACUCUCAUGUCCAUAUCUUCAGCAGCGAAAAUGCAAAUUUCUACAUGUUUUAUUAGCUAUACUAUUAACAUUUACACAGUAUACUGAUACCAUACAAGGUUUGCUGGUGUCGAAAUCAUCAACAGCUAUAGGUUUAGAUUUGGGUUCCACGAAUUUCGAAAAUGUUAGCGAUAUACUAGUAUAUAACAAUACCAAUAACAGUGCUAGUAACAGUAGUAGCAACAGUAUUAGCGAUAGAUUAACAAAAAGUUCUUUUAAUUUGGAGCAUGACGGAGGAGAAAGAGGAGAGACAUAUCUUUCCGCUAGCAAAAGUCUUAUUAUUACAUCAUCUACCGAAGGUGUGACUUCUGGUGGAGCAUAUCUGGAUAAAUUGGAUAACUUGGAGCGAAGUUUAGCUGCAGUGUUAAUAAAAGUCGCGUACGGCACUACUUCAACUACCAAACGUAGCAUUCCCGAAAACAGUUAUGUGCCAAGUUUAACAACAAUAGCUACACCUUUACUCACUACUUUAAGAUAUCAAGAAAAAUCUCAUCAAUCACAGUUAAAUAUGCAUCAUCGUAAUUACGAAUUAGAUUUGGAAAGAGAUCACGCUUUGCCAACUUCAGCACCAAAUGCUGAUAUUUUAAAAAGUAAUAGUAAUCCGACAUAUCCUAAUCCAAAUCGCCAUCACAAUCAUGACCGCGAUAGACACAGGCAUUUAAUAAAUUCAACGCCGAAGCCAUCAUGUUUUAAAAGGUUUAAGCUGAAGUUAAAAAGGUGCAAAAUUUACGUCAUAGAAGUAAGUAUACAGAUCAUUUCAGUAUAUAUUUGGUUUAAUGAUAUUAUAAAAAUUUAUGAAAAUUUUACUUGUAUUAUUAUAAUUACUUUCUAAUAAAAUAUUUUUUAC